ACACCAUAAGCUCAGCACGAUGAAGUUUUUAACACUCACUUUAGCCCUUUUAACUUCGGCCUACGCUAUUGACCCCAUUGAAGUUAGAGGUAAUGCCUUCUGGGUCAAAGAUACCGAUGAAAGAUUUUACAUUAGAGGUAUAGAUUAUCAACCCGGUGGUUCCUCGGAAUUGGAGGAUCCUAUUGCUGACACCGAUGUUUGCGAACGUGACAUUUCAAAUUUCCAAGAUUUGGGUAUAAACACCAUCCGUGUGUACUCGGUUGACAAUACCAGAAACCAUGACGAAUGUAUGCAAAAGUUAGCUGAUGCUGGUAUUUAUGUCAUUCUUGAUGUCAAUACUCCUUACUCGUCAAUCACUAGACUGGAUGCUAGUUGUUCAUACAAUACUGAUUACUUGCAAGAAGUUUUUGCAACUAUUUCUGAAUUCGCCAAGUAUAAUAAUACUCUUGGGUUCUUUGCUGGUAAUGAAGUUAUUAACGACAAGAGCAGUUUGGAUGCUGCACCUUAUGUCAAGGCUGUAGUUAGAGACGCCAAGAACUUUAUCAAGAACAGAAACUUGCGUCAGAUUCCAGUGGGUUACUCCGCUGCCAGUGUUAUUGAAUAUAGAUUAACUGCAGCUGAAUAUUUCAAUUGUGGUGAUGACGAAAUGGCUAGAAUUGAUAUGUAUGGUAUCAAUGAUUACUCGUGGUGUGGAGAUGCUAGUAUGACUACUUCCCAAUACUCGAUCCAAAUGAAGGAUUUCGCAAAUUAUACCGUUCCUAUUUUCUUUAGUGAAUUUGGUUGUAACACUGUGAGUCCAAGACCAUUCACCGAAAUUGAAGCUAUUUACUCGACCCAAAUGUCUUCCGUAUUCUCUGGUGGAUUGGUUUAUGAAUACUCAGAAGAAGCAAACAACUACGGAUUAGUUAACCUUAAAGGUGAUAAAGCUACCCCUAACGACGAUUUUGAAAACUUAAAGAAACAAUAUGAAAACACCAAGAACCCAAGUGGUGAUGGUGGAUUCCUUGAUUCAAACAAGCCAAGUGAUUGUCCUGCAAACUCCAGUGAUUGGAAGGUUACUUCUGAUCUUCCAGACACUCCAAAGGGUGCCUUAAAGUACUUGAAGGGUUUAGUUGAACCAGAAGGUCACGGUUUCAAUGCUUAUGUUCAACAAAACUGUAAUUCUAGUGACAAUAAUGUUGAUGAUUCAGAUAAAUACACCCUGACAUUAGCACCAAAGACUGUUGGUGACACUUCGACUAGCAAUUCUACUUCCAGUACUACAUCCAAGAAGAAUAAUGGUGAUGUUGUCGCUGUUUCAAGUUUCCUUGGGUUCUUGGCUUUAAUUGCUGGAUUUAUAACUGUUUAGGUUAUAUACUUUAUAUGACUAUAUAUGCUUCUAAACUUUUUGUUUGAUUCCAUACAUCAUUUCUUCCUUGUUGAUUAAAUGACCAAUACUAUCAACUUCUUCUAAUAAUUUAUCAAUAUCAAAACACCAAUCAUUCAAUAAUGAAUUUAUAUUUGAAUCUGAAGUUCUCGAGUUAUCACUCACUGUAGGUCUAGUUUUCUCGAACUUGAUUAUACCUUGAGGACGAUUAAUCUUAGCACUAAUCAUGCCAUUAUUGACUAAUUCACUCACAUAUUGUUCGGAUUCUGGAAUCGACAAUUGUAACAAGUACGCUAAUCUGUCUAAUUUGAUAAAUUGGUAGAACUUAUUGAUUAUCCUAAGAUUAUGUUCAAUUAUUCUCUUUUGCAAGUUCUUGUAGUUGGUUUCGUUAGUCUUGGCAUCAGUUUGGAUUGGUGAUUGGGUAAAGAAGUCCUUGUAUAUGGAUUCAAUGUUUGACCAGUGAAUCAACUCGUUGGUUGUGAAAAUUUCCAACAAUUUGAAAAUCUUGGUGUCAACAUUCUUGCUAAACACUGGAUUGGAUUUGAUCUUGAGUAUUAAGUCAUUUUGGUGUGGGUCAUAUGGAGACAAAAUGAUAUAGUAAAUGAUACCAGACAAAAAGGUCUUGUAUUCUGGGUCUUCCUUGACGGUUGGAAUGUCAAUUAACAAUAAUAAAUUCUUGACAAUUUCAAUGUAAUCAAAAUCAAAGAUGUUAAUUUCAAUUAAAUAUUUCAAAUAUUGUGCUUUGAAUUCUGGAUGUGAUUUUAAACUCUUUAACAAAAUCUUUCUACUCAAGAUCUUGGCUUGAUUAUAAUCACCUUUUUGUAAAGUCAACUUGAUUUGUAACAAGAUAUAAUCAAUCUUCUCAGUGAAAUUCAUUAAGGAAUAAGUUUCAACUUGUAAGUCACAUAAAAUAUCAACGGCCUUGUUUAAAUCAUUCAACUUGGUUAAGUAAAUCUCAGCCAACUUUCUAGAAACAACUGCACGUUCAACUUCGACAAAAAUCUUCUUAUCGGUGACAGUUCUGAUAGUCUCAAUAACCUUGAUUUUCAAAUCGAGUUGUGAUUUAUCAUCUUCACUCAAUUUAUCUAAAUUAUCGACAAUCUUGGCAAUAAAUGUUUGAAUUGAAGACUUCAAUUGACCGUGCUUCUUACUCAAAACAACAAUUAAUUCAUUCAAGUAUUCCCAGUCAGUAUUGUCCACCAAAACAUCAACAAUUCUGUUCAAGACACGUUUGGAAGAAGGCAAAUCUGAUGAUUGACGGGUUUGUUUUUCCAAAACUAAAUAUCUUUCAAUUGCUUGUUUAUAAUCUGGAAGCUUCUCGAUCAAAGGAAAUUGUUCAUCUAAGGUUGCUGAAUAGUCUUUUUCAGCUUUAAUUGGAUCUUCUCGAGACAUUGUUGUGUUAUUGUUCUAUAAAAGUUGGACUGUGUGCUG